UCCUACAGAGAGAGAAGCAUGAGUGUCGCGGACUGUCUGUGCUGAGUCUUCAGGAGAAGCUGCGUGUUGAUCGGGCAUUUUACUGCGUUUAGUUGACUGUUUGUUGUUUUUCGAGUGUCGAGAGUUCAGCAUGGCUGUGACAGAGCGCUGUUUUAUUGCAGUGCUAAUGCUGGUUGUGGGCACCUCAGCAGCGAUGAUGCCGGAUAACGACACGCGGAGCAUCGUGAGGACCUUCUCCGGUUUCUUCCUGACCGCCACUGAUGAGCCCUUCGACUAUCUGGAUGUGCAGGAGGGCAGCGGCUCCGGCUUGGGCCCAGAGCGCGAGCGCGCGCGCCCUCCGGUGGCCAUAGGCCGCUACUACAUCUCCAAAGAGGCCUCGAGUUUCCUGCAGAGCCGCUUGGCUACGGUGUUCGUCCCCACCGUGUACAUGCUGGUCUUCCUCACCAGCGUGCCCCUUAACCUGCUCGCGCUGGUGGCGUUCGCGCGCCGCGUGCGCCCCCAAAAGCCCGCGUCUAUUUACAUGAUGAACCUCGCGUGCGCCGACCUGCUCUUCGCGCUCCUCCUGCCCUUCCGCAUCUCCUACCACUACGGCGGCCACGACUGGCAGUACGGCGACGGGCUGUGCCGCCUGGUCACCGCGGCCUUCUACUGCAACAUGUACUGCUCGGUGCUGCUGGUCACGGCCAUCAGCGUGGACCGCCUGCUGGCCGUCGCCUACCCGACGGACUCCCUGGUCUGGCGCACGCCGCGCAACGCCUGGGCCGCGUGCGCCGCCGCGUGGCUGCUCUCGUGCGCAGGCGUCUUCCCUUUGCUGCUGUCCGAGCAGACCCUGCACGUGACCCAGCUGGACAUCACCACGUGCCACGACGUGGUGGACGUGCGCAAGCUGCGCUCCUACUACGUCUACUUCUUUCCCGCCUACAGCGCGCUCUUCUUCUUCAUCCCCUUCCUCCUCAGCGCCGUGUGCUACUUCAGGAUCAUCCGGGUCCUCUGCGGCGUGAGCGACCGCCCCAAGCGGACCCGGGCGGUGCUGAUGGCGGCCACGGUGUUCAUCGUGUUUGCGGUGUGCUUCGCGCCGACCAACGUGAUCCUCGUGCUGCACUCGCUGCACGCGGCUCGAGGACAGGCCGACUCCUCGUACGUGGCCUACCUGCUGGCCAUGUGCGCGGGCAGCGCGAGCUGCAGCCUUGACCCCCUGCUCUAUUACUUUGGCUCGUCGCGCUGCCACCAGAUGGCGCUCGACUUCCUCACGGGGAGGAGCUGGAGGAGGCGGAGUGCGGCGGAGGGGACGGACAGCUCGCAGUCCACCAGGUCCAGCAAACUGGACACCUUUAAAAGCAGUGUGGGCGGGCAGUACAGGAAGCUCACGGCCUGAGCUGGACAGAGUCGGGAUCCACUGCGCUGCGUUUACACUUAAAGGAAUAAUUUGGCAAAAAGCUCAUAUUUACAGAACCCCCCACAGCCCGAAUGCUGAUAAGUGAAGACAUGUUCAGGGUAUAAAGUUACGUUUUCAGACCCACAGCAAGCGGCUAUAAUAGAGUUGAGAGUUCCUGCUGAAAAAAGCAGCUUAGACCAGCCUGAAUUUCAUUAAGCUACUCUAGUGCUGGUUUAGCUGCUCACCCAGCAUGGUCAUGGUGGUUGACCAGAGUACCAGCAUCCAAAACACAAUAUAUGCUGGUUUUGCAGGUUCUGCUGUUUUUUUUCUAGCAAGGGUCCCAAUAAAAAGAAUAAUUUGGUGAAAAUUGUCUGAAGUCUACGGAGCCCUGCAGGUGACAUCCUGUAUAAAUAAAAAUAAUGCAUGGCCACAACUUAGUAAGGCAUGGGAACAAGAUAAUUUAGUCGUGGGCUUGACUUGGUAAGGCACGGGAAAAAGAUAAUUAAGUCGUGACCACAAAUUAGUAAGGCGUGGGAACAAGAUCUUAAUGCAUGGCCACAACUUAGCAAGGAAUGAUCUCGUUCCCACACCUUACUAAGUCGAGGCCAUGCAUUAGGAUCUCGUUCCCACAUGUUAAUAAGACAUGGCCACACUUUUUUUUUUUAUUUAUAUGGGAUGUCACCAGCAGGGCUCCAUAGAAGUCACUCUCACAUGUUAAGUAAUCUCAAAUACACUUGCUUUUGUGGUUUCUGACAUUAUGCCAUACUGUUAUCACUAACACUUUAGAACAAGACUACAAUUAUAACACGUUUAUGAAUGGUUUAAAAAUGUAUAAAGUUUAUUAAUGGUUAAUAAUUAGUUCAUACACACCUCAAAAAUAAUUAAUAAGCUGUUACAACACAAACAAACAGGGAAACAGUGACUUGUUGUUGGCCAGGUUUAUCACAUAUUCAUGUUCAUCAGAUAGCUCACUUUUGUCCUUGUGUUAUAACUGUUUAUGACCUAAUUAAUAACCAUUAAUAAACUAAUUUUAAACCAUUCAUACAUCUUUUUAGAAGAGUAGUGUUAUUCUAAAGUGGUACCGUGUCAUCUAUAAAAAUGGACACAAAUAUGGACAAAGUUCAGUCUUCAAGAUGGGUGCUACUACUGCUUUACAUUAGCUAUGCAAUCUUGUAGAUAACAUUUAUGUAUACAAGUAUACAGUGUCAGAAACCACAUCAGCAGUUCUAUCUGAGAUUAUUACCAAUACUUUUUAGCUACAUUAGCCUUUUAGCUCCAGUGUCUCUGGACAACAAAUGUGUCUUGGCUGAUCACUGCAUUUGGGGUAAAGGUGAAAAACUGCAUAUUUGACUUUUUGUCAAACUAUUGCUUUAAUGUUCUUGAAGACUGGCAGCCGACUGUUUCAUGAAGAUUAAGCUUUGUAUACUUUACAUCAUACCUUUACAUAUUUAAAGUAUGUUAAGUAUAAAUCAGGUAAUCCCUAUCAUCCUGCAGUUAUCACAUGCUUGCAUAAUGGACAUGUUGCACUAUGCAUGCUACUAAACAGGCCCAGCAGGCUGAGCCAGGGAUUUAUCUAUAGAAUUGUCCAUAUCGUUUACCUGUGUUGUGUAUAUGUAUUAUGUAAACAGAAAAUAUCUUUGUGUAUAUGUAUAUGUAUUGUGCAUACUUUGUGUUAUAUCAGUAUUUCUGCACAUUUGAGCGUUUUUCCUGCAACAUAUCUGGUCCACCGAAAGAAGCUGUGAGUCUUAGAUAACGGAGUCCAGUUAUGCAGGACAGAGAUACUUCAGGAGUUGAAACCACUAUAUUAUGUAAACAGAUUAAAAAUCUAAUUUCAACAGAAAUAUGUAAAUAAAAUUACAUAUGCAAAAUUGCAGCAACACACAAUAAUCAGAAAACGACUUUUAAAAACACUGAAAAUGAGCUUUAUAGCAAUAUUUCGUACAAUCCAUGUCCAAAAAAAUCUCAUAUGUAGACGGCUGUCCAACUUUGAUGUUACCUUAUACAUAUCAGUGAGUAUGAGGGGGUCACUGUGAGAUACACAGGAGUCAAACUGAGAACUCAAUUUUCUCUCCGCACUAUUUCGAGUCCAUUUUCAUUACAGAAGAAACAGUUUGCCUCUUAUUCCACAAACUAUAGCAAAAUGACCUAUGAAGAUUAACACAGUGUGCAAUACCAAGACAAAUGGAUCAAGACUCUCAAACAUCAUGAGGGAUCUAGCAGGAAUUCAGAUGGUGAAACUUUGGGGUUGCUUGUCCUUGUUCACGCUCACGUCUUGAGCAAAUAAGCAAAAAAUUCAGUUUGCCCUUCAUGGAUUGUCCACAUUUGUUGACAGUUUAUGGUUUGUUCAGUUUUGGUCUUGAUAAUGAAGUUGGGGUGAAAGCCACAGCUGGACGAGGGAAAUGAGCAAAUAUUGCGCCCCACACACUUUUCCAUGGGGAACACAGCGUCUCCCAUGAGAAUCCCAGUGCAUUUGCUCUCAGUCUCUCAAACACUCAUUGUCAUGUUUGGAGAAUACUGCAG